AUGGGUAAUGCCAUUCGAGGUGUCAUCGCCUUCAUCCCUUCAGAGCGCUGUCAGCGCUUCUUAGUGGGCGACCUAAAGGAGAUGCCUCUGGAUCGUACCCUUGACCUAAGCAGCCGUCAGCUGCGUCGGCUGCCUCUGGCCGCCUGUGUCUUCGAUGAGCUGGUGAAACUCUACCUAAGUGACAACAACCUCAGCAGCUUACCGGCCGAGCUGCAGGGCCUAAAGAAGCUGCAGCUCUUGGCUCUGGACUUUAACUGUUUUGAAGAGCUCCCUGCAGCUGUUUGCAGAUUGCCCCAACUCUGCAUCCUUUACCUGGGCAACAACAGACUUUACUCGCUCCCCCAAGAGCUGGGAGAGCUCAAGGACCUGAAUACUCUGUGGCUGGAGAUGAACUGCUUCACUGUUUUCCCUAAGGUAGUCUGCGAGCUCCCUAAUCUUAAGACUCUGCACCUCGGCUACAACCAGAUCCAGAGUUUACCUAGAGAGUUGGGAAGUCUGGAGGAGCUGCGGAGUAUCUGGUUAGCUGGCAACCAGCUGACAGAGUUCCCUCCUGUAUUGCUGGAGAUGCACUUUUUAGCUGUUGUUGAUGUGGAUCGCAACAGAAUCCGUCGUUUCCCAGGCCUGUGUCACUUGCAGGGGCUUAAACUUGUCAUCUAUGACCAUAACCCCUGUGUUAACGCCCCAGCAGUGGCCGAGGGAGUCCGGAGGGUUGGGCGAUGGGCGGACUGCUCAGAUGAGCAGGAAGAGGACGGAUCAAAAGCAGCAAGUGAGACAACAGCAGAGGUCACAGAAGUUCACCCAGAAGAGGAGGAAAACAUUUAG